AUGGCAUUGGACUUCGCUGCUGGAUGUAUAGGAGGUGCUGCAGGUGUGUUGGUUGGACAUCCCUUUGACACUGUAAAGGUGCGACUUCAGGUUCAAAAUGUGGACAAACCUCUGUACCGUGGGACAAUACACUGCUUCCAGUCAAUCAUCCGGCAGGAGUCGAUGCUUGGUCUGUACAAAGGCAUCGGCUCUCCAAUGAUGGGCCUGACCUUCAUCAACGCCAUCGUUUUUGGGGUCCAAGGCAACGCUAUGAGGCAUCUCGGCCGCGACACGCCACUCAACCAGUUUCUGGCCGGAGCCUCUGCCGGAGCCAUCCAGUGUGUCAUUUGCUGCCCGAUGGAGCUGGCCAAGACGCGCAUGCAGAUGCAAGGAACCGGAGAGAAGAAGUCCAAGAGGAAGGUGUACAAGAACUCCCUGGACUGCCUGGUGAGAAUCUACAGGAAGGAGGGCUUCAGAGGGAUCAACCGCGGCAUGGUGACCACGCUGGUGCGCGAGACGCCCGGCUUUGGCGUGUACUUCCUGGCAUACGACACGCUGACGCGAUCACUGGGCUGUGAGCCAGAAGACCCCUACAUGAUCCCAAAGCUGCUGUUUGCCGGGGGAAUGUCAGGGAUCGCCUCCUGGCUCUCCACUUAUCCGGUGGAUGUAAUCAAGUCCCGUCUGCAGGCGGACGGCGUGGGCGGCGUGAACAAGUACAACAGCAUCAUGGACUGUGUCAGACAGAGUUUGAAGAAGGAGGGCUGGAGAGUUUUCACCCGCGGACUCACAUCCACUUUGCUCCGAGCUUUCCCGGUCAAUGCCACCACAUUUGCCACAGUGACUUUGUUUUUGAUGUACAUGCGAGAGGGAGAAGAAUGCAGCAUUCAGAACUCUGAGUCGCAGUCGGUACAGCUGCAGCCGCUGCAGCAACAGACGCAACCGAGCAUGUGA